AUGUCUCUUUUAUUUCUUCUAAUAGCAUUGUGGCACUUGUUCGUUCCAACAUCAGUUUGGGGUUUUACUCCAUCCUUAAGGGACGUAUACAGUGCCUUCUUAACCACUCCAUAUAAUAUAAUAUUUACGAAUUCACAAAGAACGGGUGAAGUCGAUAGCUCACUUUAUGAUGAUAAGGAAGGAUUUGAAAAGUUAGUUUCAAGUGCCGAAAAGGAAGAAGGGACUGUAACUUUUGCGCAACCAAAAUCGGAAGAAGAAAUGAAAGGGCAAUCGGCUGAAACAGGGAAUGUAUUAGUUGACAGGGACACGAUAUAUCAAGAGAAAGAAACUUUGAUGAAAGAUGCAAAUACUAAUGAAAAAGAGACUACGAUGAAAGAUGCAAAUACUGGUGAAAAAGAAACUACGAUGAAGGAUGCAAAUACUGUUGAAAAAGAAACUACGAUGAAAGAUGCAAAUACUGUUGAAAAAGAAACUACGAUGAAGGAAUCAGAUAGUGGGGAAGAAAAACUCAUGAAAAAGAAAACAGAAGAAAAAGAACCGGAGGGAACUCUUCGUAAUGUAAGAAAGGCCCUGGAAAAAAAAAAGCAUAAUUUUUUCUCGAAAAUGUAUUCAAAUCAUGGUGGAAGAAAAAAAAUGAAAAAGGAAAAAUCAAAUGAUAUUACAAAAAAGAAAGAUAUUAAUAAAUUGCCUACGACCUUUUUAUUACCGGGUGUUGGAGGAAGUACAUUAAUUAUACAAUAUGAAAAUGCAUUAAUUCCUAGUUGUAGUAAUGAUGUACUAAAUUCCAAACCUUUUAGAAUGUGGGUUAGUUUGCCAAGACUAUUUUCAUUAACAUCAAAUGUGUAUUGCUUAUUUGACACCUUAAGAUUAACUUACAAUAGUGAGAAAAAAAUAUACCAGAAUCAAACAGGAGUCAAAGUUACUGUAGAAAAUUAUGGAUAUCUCAAGGGUGUUGAAUAUUUAGAUUAUAUUAACAAUGUAGGUAUAGGAGUAACAGGAUACUACAAUGAUGUAUCAUCACAUUUUGUAAGUAAUGGGUAUGUUGAUGGGGAAAGUAUUAUUGGUGCACCUUAUGACUGGCGAUACCCUUUAUAUCAACAAGAUUAUAAACUUUUUAAGGAAAGUAUAGAAACAGCAUAUGAAAAAAGAAACGGAAUGAAAGUAAACUUAAUGGGCCAUAGUUUAGGAGGCUUAUUUAUAAAUUAUUUCCUAACCCAUUUAGUUGAUAAAGAAUGGAAAACAAAAUAUUUAAACGCUAUAUUGUAUAUGAGCUCCCCAUUUAAAGGUACUGUUAAAACUAUUAGAGCUUUACUUCAUGGAAAUAGGGAUUCUGUAUCUUUUAAAAUAACCAGUCUUAUUAGAAUUUCCAUAUCAGAUACUAUGAUGAAAGCUAUUGGAAAUUCCAUGGGUUCAUUAUUUGAUCUCAUUCCAUAUAAGGAAUAUUAUGAACAUGACCAGGUAGUAAUUUUAAUUAAUACAGAUACCACUCCGAUUGAUGAAAAUUAUAUGCAACAAGUGGUUAUGAGUUGUGGAAUAUAUAAUAGAGAAUGCUAUCUAAAUAGAUCCGACGUGAAGUUAAAGGUGUACACCUUAUCAGAUUGGCAUGAAUUAUUAAACGAUGACUUGAUGGAAAAAUAUAAUAAUCAUAAGCCACACAGAGAAAUAGAUUUUUCUGUGGAUCAUGGUGUGCCUAUAUAUUGUGUAUAUAGUUCACUUAAUAAAAAGAAUACAGACUAUAUGUUGUUUUUUCAAAAAGAAGAUUUAAAAGAACCAAUUAUUUAUCAUGGGAAUGGAGACGGUACAGUUCCUCUCGAAAGUUUAGCAGCCUGUAGCAAUUUUUACAACGCAAAAGAAAUAAAGUACUUUGAAAAUUAUACUCACAUUGGAAUAUUGCAUAAUGCAGAGGUUGUUAAGUAUGUGUAUAAUGUGUUACAACUGCCUGAAGACAAUGAGAAGUUAUCUAUUGAAACUUCCGAGUUUAUAGCAGCAGAAUGA